CCUGUCAGUCUGUGAUUGGUCGGUUCGUUUAUUUCCUCGGCGGUUUGUUUGGAUUUGUUUGGACUGGUUCGGGCUCGCGCUGCUCGUUGGACGGAGCUGAUAGUUUGAUCGAACCCAGUAGAACCCGUCCGUGCAGCGGGUGGAUGUGAUCGAGCCCCAGAGGGACAAUGGAGGACUCCAGCAGACGCGUCCUGCAGAGACUCGUUCGACGGAUUCCGACUGCACAGUUAAGAACCACGCUGGAGAAGUGGGGCCGUCUGACGGUGGCGCAGCGGGGCUCCAUGGAUUAUACUCAGACUAAAUGGGCGUUAACGGAGAAGCUGCUGUCUGUGUGUGAGGAAAACGAGUGGACAAUGAAGCACAUCACGGAGCUGGAGAUGAUUUAUGUCAUUGACAACCCCAACCAGGGGAUGUGGCACGGCUUCCAGCUCGUGGACCCCGAAGAAGAUGCUCACUCUGUCGAGCUCUCACAGUUCAAGGAGCAGUUUAAGUCUCACCUCUGUGAGCUCGUAAGACAUGUGUCUGUCAAAAUAAAGAAGCACACAGAUGAAGCUGUUUGGAUUCGGAUCGCAUGGGGAGACAGCUUCUCUCGGCCCAAUCACCUGAAACCAACAUAUGUUGUUCACCACCUUCAAACCCCUUAUGUCUUUGUGACCAGUCUAACUUCAAAACAAAAGCCCCUGUUAUCCCAGGCCCUGGUUCUGUCCACCAGACAUCACGCUAUUAAGGAUGCUAACCUCAGUGGACGGAAACUCAAUGCCAUCAGGGACUUGCUGAUGAAGCAGUAUCAACAGGUGUUUCCCACUAACUAUCCCAGCCCUCUUGCAGAAAAGAAUGAAACCGUCUCAAACCCACGCAUAGAAAGAGAACAAGCUGGAUCUGGAGCAAACAGACAUCGGAUGGCCUGUGAGGCCUUUGGUGAUGGGAUGUUGCCUCAAUUACAGUCUGCAGUUUACAAGCUGGAGACGAAAUACAAAGACCACACCAACAGGACCAUGACAGAGCGGGACGAGCCUUUCAAAUGUGUCGUCAAGUUUGAAAGCCCCAACCUCCUGGAGUCACUUAGACACUGUGCAGCCUCAGGCAUUGCAUCCACCCCUGUCACCCCCCUGCUGUCAUCUAUUCCUCUGAAAGGAAGGAAUUAUUUUGUCAUCACUGAUAAUGGCCCCGGUCCCUCCUCGCAAAUGCACCAAACACAGAACUGAUGGGUGACAGACCCUUGAUUCAAAGGACUCACAGGGUCGCUUGUUCUUACUUCUCAUUCCAUGAUUUGCUUUUACUGUUUCAUCUUUGAUCCUGUCAAUGUGGCUCUUGAAGAUUCUUUACUCAGUAGAUUUUAGAAUCAGUUAUUGUUCCCCUCUGUUUUUAUGCACUUGCUGCUGCAAAUAUAUUAAUACUGUGCAAUACAUACUUGUCAUUGAAUUAUCUUUCAUUUCAUCUUAGAUUUAAUUAUUUUUUAAUCCAUUGAAUAUUUCAUGAUGUUGAGACAGCAGCAUUGUUGCAGGUUCUAAAACUGUUUGAAUUACAAUAAUCUUAAUUUUAGGCCUUACAAGUCUUAGAUAUUUUAAAAUAUGAAGUACUUGGUCUUAAAUACAUUUAGGUAGGUCUUAAUUAUCUUAACCUUUUUUUAACGCUUCUUCUAUCACACUUUCAAUUUAAUUUAAGAAGACAACUAUUUUGGCGGGAUGCAUGAUUUUUAAUGUCUGUUUUGUGUGAAUGCUACAUAAUUUAGUACGCUGAAUUAAAACUACAAACGAG